UUUCCCACAGUUUUGUUUUCUUGCCUUUGGCAGCAGUUUUUGUUUGUCCCUGGUGUGUUCUGCUAGAUACGAAAGUGUCCAGGUAAAAGUGCUCCAGGUGGAGUUACCUGUCGCUAUGCUUCGUUCACUGACAAGGCUGUCAAGAGUCAUGAGUAGCCUACCGCAGUUGCCCGUACCACCACUGAAGCAGACACUGGACAGGUAUAUUCUGUCACUUCAACCUUUACUUGAACAAGAGGAAAUGACAAAGACACGAACAGUAGUGGAGGACUUUGGGAAACCUGGGGGAGUUGGGGAGCAGCUCCAAAACAUGCUACUCAACAGAGCAAAGACAAAAGAAAACUGGCUUGGAGAUUGGUGGCUAGAUGUGGCUUAUCUGAGUUUCCGCUCACCGAUUAGUAUUUACUCCAACCCUGGCGUAAUAUUUCCUAUACAAGAGUUCACUGGGCGAGAAGGGCAACUCAGGUUUGCAGCAAAGUUAAUUGGAGGAAUUCUUGACUACAAAGAACUGCUUGAUACAAAAAGUCUGCCUGUCGAUAAGGUGGGUGACCGGUCUCUAUGCAUGAUGCAGUACUACUCUAUGAUGUCAUCGUGUAGAAUUCCGGGAGUGACUCACGACAGCACCGUCGGCUAUCCGGCCGACCAGCCUGACGCGCCCCGCCACAUAGCGGUGGCACAUAAUAACUACUUCUUUGCAGUUCCGGUGUACGGAUCGAAUAACGAACGACUGAAUGAGAAGCAGAUUUAUGAGCAACUAAAGGUCUGUAUAGACCAGUCUCUAUAUGUCGGACGGCCGAUCGGUGUUCUCACAACUGAAGGCAGGAAUUCAUGGGGCAAGGUGCACAAGAAACUAAUUAAAGAUGCCCAGAACAGGACAUCCCUUCACAGCAUCCACAGAGCCAUCGUGCUGCUGUGUCUGGACCGUCCGAUUCCAGACGCGGUUGGAGAGGAAAGGUCUGCGAUGAUUGGUGAAGAAAUGUUGUAUGGAGGAGGAAGUUCUCUGAACAGUGGCAACCGCUGGUUCGAUAAAACAAUUCAAGUUAUAGUUGGUCAGCACGGUAACUGUGGACUCUGUUACGAACAUUCAUCAGCAGAAGGACCGCCCAUUGCAGCUCUUCUAGAUCACAUACUUCAUACUGUGAGAAUUCACCAGCACAGCUGCCGGCAUCCAACUUUGUUGAGCCAAAGAGGCUCGAGUUUAACCUUGACGCUGAUGCCAAGGACGCCAUUGAGGCUGCAAAAUCCCACAUCUAGAAUAUUCAAGCAUGUAGUUUCACAAGUGUGUUUGUGUGUUUGUAGAAUGGCAAGCGAUCUUGACAUGGCGAUAUUCACAUUUGACGAAUUCGGUAAAGAUGUGCCAAAAUCACACAAAAUCAGUCCAGAUGCCUUCAUACAGAUGGCUCUACAGUUGGCAUUCUACAAGUUGCAUGGCGAGACAACAGCAACAUACGAAAGCUCAUCACUGCGUCUGUUCAAGGGUGGACGCACGGAAACUAUUCGGUCUGCCUCGGUGGCUAGCAAAGAUUUCGCGGUGGCCAUGGAAGACCAAGGCGUCUCUGUCCAAGACAAGGCAGAGAAAUUAAAGAAGGCUUGCGACUGGCAUAAAGCCUACACUGUUCAGGCGAUGUCAGGGCAGGCUGUUGACAGACACAUGCUAGGUCUCAAACUGCUCGCUAUAGAGAAUGGCAUGAACGUACCAGAUAUAUUCAUGGACACUGGAUACUCACUGGGUAACCACUGGCGGUUAUCCACUAGCCAGGUCCCAUCGAAAGCCAACAGCAUAAUGUCAUUUGGUCCGGUUGUGCCUGAUGGCUAUGGUUUCUGUUACAACCCACGGCCAGAAUCUAUCAACAUAUGUAUAACUGCAAACAACAGCAAUCCAAAAACCAGCUCGAGGAAACUAAAGGAAGCCAUCAAGCAAAGCCUGCGGGACAUGCGAGACACAAUGCAGUCAGGAAAGAAACACGACUCAAAACUAUAGCAUGUGCAAUGCAAGUGCAAAAGAAAUUGUAUAUUAAUAACUCAAACGAUACCCUUAACUUAAGUUUAAUAUGUUAAACUCACUUAAUUAAUUAAACUCCUUUACUAAAGAGGUCACAUAAUUCUUAGUAAGGGAAUUUAAAAAAUGCCACUUCGUAAGUCUUCUUUGAUGUUAAGCAUAGUACUGAAAUCAGGUGACGCAACAGUUGCAGUGUUCUUACUAACAUAAUGCUAAGCUAUGUAAAAGCUCUGUUCUGACUGGUGACACACAUAUACUACAGGGUAAAAAAUACACGGGAGCGAUGAGCGAUUCGCUCUUCAAACCUCCGAAAUCGCUUCCGUGAGGCUCAAAAU